AUGACAACAACGAAAGAAAAACAAUUCACGAACAAGGGAAGCAUUGAAUGGACAGAGAGAAUGAGUAUUGGUAACUGUACGACUCGAGCCAUCACAACCACCAUUCAAUAUGUAUGGAGCAAGUGGCGGUCUGAGAAUGAAUACAAUGAUCAUGGAUGCAAUAGGAUGAUUCAGUUGGAUCAUGAGGAUAAUGAUGAUGAUGCAUGGAAGAGCACAACGUUAAUGGCAUUGAUUCUUGUGGUGGUGUUGAUUAUCAUGCUUUUAGCAGUUCUGGUUUCUACUGUUUUUACCUUGUAUAAGAGAAAUGAUUGGGAAUGUUCAUGGCAGUGGCGAUGGUUGCGAUGGAGUGAAUAUGAAUAUUGGUGGAGUUGGUUGGAGGCUCUCGUAUCCGAACUGUUUCCAUGCGUGUGGUCCUACAACGAUGAAGAAGCAGACUCCAUGGCGAUCACCAUGCACGUUUCACACCAACUUCGAACUGCAAGUAUGGCCAUUGGUGGAAGUCUCGACAUUUUGAAAGAGAUUGACUCGAAUAUCAUGGAGUCUGUAUCAUGUGCUAGUUGCCACAGCACUUUAUCAACCUUCACACGACAUUCCAUGCUCACUUGGGAACGGCUCGAGUUGCUUCGAUUCAUUGAACAAGCCAAUGAAAUGAUUUUGUCUUUGGCAGUAGAAAUUGCUGAAAAAAGCACGACGAAAACCUUUCUUGAACCAUUCACGAUAAUCAAUUCAUCACCCGAUCAUGACAUGGAAGAAUGA